CCGGCUGAAAAUUGUACUGCUGUGUCUCUUGUGUGAAAACAAGCAGAACACAGCAGAAGGGUUGUUUGGUUUUGCACAACUUUGUUUGGGCAAACAUGACGGUCCUCACCAAGCCCGUGAGCGAGAUGAAGAAGAAGUCGGGUCUGUCCGAGCCCCUGGUCGCGGCCGAGCACCCUGUCGCGGUUGGAGGAGGCGCGGCGGACUGCGACGUUGUGGUGGUACCCUCUGGCAAGCUAGACAGGUUGCCCUGCAACAUUGGCAUUGAUGGAAGAAAACCACAAAGAUACAGGGACAGUGAGAAUCUGGUAGUUGUCAACCGCAAUCAGUCUCGAGUUAACUCCGCCACCACUGUCUGCCUCUUCCUUGUUGGGCUCCUUGUGUUGAGUAUUGGUAUUGUUGGAGGAAUCUACCUUUACCAACAGUGCGCUCGCAAGCCAAUGCAACGUCUUCGAGGAUUCUUAAAUGUCCCUUACAACAGUUCUGAAGGUCGCCAGUUGUACUAUCACUUGGACUCCCAUGCUUCUCAACAGAUUGGUACUCCUGAUGUUUCAUCCAAAAAGGCCGGCUACUUUUAUGAGCAGUUUGAGGCUGCUGGUGGUUAUGAGCGCAUUGAUGUUCCAGAAUAUAAUGGUGGGCGUCAUGGGCAGUUUAUUCAUGACUUCAAAAUAAACAAAACUGGUAUUGUUGACGUUGAUGGGAAACGCUGCUUUGUGAUUCCUCUUGACCGUGAUGCUGUAGUGUUCCUUCCAAGCUUUGUGAUCGAUAUUGCCCGUAAACUGACCAGCCGGGGUGCUGAUGUGAAAGUGAUUGUAAAGACCAUGCGUGUUGCAUUCCCACCAUUGACUGACAUGACCACCCUUGGAGCAAGGAUUGCUCAAGAGUGCUCAGGAAUGAAAAUAUACUCCCUUGUGAAAGCUAAUCUUGGACCAGUAUUCAAACGAAGUGCGGAAGAACCAGUAGUCUUUGGAUCUUUCUCUGGAAACACCAUGAAAGUUGAAAUUGUCAACUAUCAAGAGGUGGUGGAAGCUGAGAAAGAAAGCAAUGGCAUUGAUGGAGCUUAGGUGAUUCAUUCUUAAGUUCACUCAGUAGCAUAAUUUUUCAGCAUAACUAAUGCUAUAGUUAGUCCCACCAGCGGAGUACUACCCCAGAAAUUAUUUUUGGGGGUCAGUAUUGCUUACUGCCUUCUUGCAGGCGUAUUUCAUGUGGGUUGCCUAUCUAUUGUAAUUGGGGUCAUGACACCCCCAUUUUACCCCAUUCUCCUCCUCUCCUUUGUUCUCACCCUCUCACCCGUGAUGUUUUCUGAUUAAAUCAAUGCUGCUUAUUCUGGGCUGGAUGUGAUACUGUAAGGAUCUCUUGCAAGGCAUACUUUCAGCUCAUUACUUUCUGCCUUGGAUUAGUUUCUGUGAUUGGAGUUUAGUUCAAUAUGAUAUUAUAUGCAAUGAUAUCUCAGAAAGCAGACAGUGAUGUUUGAGAGGAAGAAACUGUUUAACAUCUUUCCCUAUAAACUCCAAAAACUCAUUGGGAUGUCGUUUUGUUGUCAUUUUCUUUGACGAUUUGAUCACUUUGGGACAUGUCAUGAGUUUCUUGGCAGUUGUUCCAUAUCUCAACAUGCUGUGUCCUGCUUUAUCCUCUCUUGGUGUUUAAAUGUGAUAUUCUUAUUUAGCCGUAUUUGGUAAGCCAAAGUUUGUAGACAGUAAGGAAUCAUCUCAUGAUUAGGUGGAUGAUUAACUUGUUCAAACUCAUAGUUUUGAGGUUUUUAAUAUCCAUGUAGUGCAUUAUCAUAUAAUGACAGUAAUAAUAAUAAUAACCCAGCUGUUAUUCCUUUUCUUUCCUCUCUGUUUGUGGUCUGAACACGUGAUGGAAAAGUGGAUAGAAAGUCUGACAUAAGAAAGAGUUACGGAAAGUCUGAAAAGUGUAUUAAAAUGCCUGAAAAGUCCUGAAAUGAAAUUUGAGUGGGUCAAAUGAUCAAAUGAUAAUCUGUACAAUCUUAUGUAAGUUUGUAAAAUACUCAAGUGCUUCUUUCUAUCGGUAGCAGAAUCAAUGUGAUACUCUAAUACAACAUCUCAUUGGUACAUGACAUUCCAUAAAGAUGCAACAGUUUUUGUUUUUUAAAUGAUUUUGUUUCUUUAAACAGCUCCUUAGAACACUUUAGAAUAGAUUUGUAAGUCUUUGACUUUUCACUGAAGCUCUGCAGAGCUACCAAGACAUGUGUAAGAGUUUUUGUUGCUGGUGUGUGAUGUCCGUCAUACCAUAGCUAUGCAAUGUCGAGAAAUACUUUCUUUGUACUCUAAGUAAUGUACAUGUAGGAUGUAAAAUAAAAAUGGUUCUGUCACUUUUCAAAAAGAGAAAAGCAUUCCUUUUAGUUUCUAAACAUAAACUGCACACAAAAAUGUAGUAGAUGUGAUGAAAGUCAUUCAUUCAGAUUUGGAUUAUUGCGAAAAAGACUCCAAAUUUAGACUGAAUGUAAUUAUGAGGUAAGGCAAGGAUAAAUGAAAUGGCUAUAGUGCUCAAAUCUAUGGCAUGUCCAUUAAAUCAAAUUUAUUUGUUAAGCAAGGGCUCUCUUGUUUCAACUUUAGUUUAGACAUUCUGUGUUCACACUUCAUGAUAUUAUUAUUAUUGCAUUACCAUUACAGAAAUAAAUCAUUAAAAGCAA